UCAAACUGCGACUGUGCAGUCUCGUUUAAGUCGCGCGCUGAUGACGUCCCGGGGAGAGGAGGUACGGAUUUGCCACGUCGGUCUCUGCAACGCAUUGACACUGUUGCUCCUCCAGCCCGGGUAUAACUUUUAAACCCGUUUUAUGCUCUCAGCCGGGGACAACGCCACCCUCCAGCACCGCCGGUGCCGUCGUAGUUCGUCGCCACGGCAGUGCAGCCGCGGAUACUGAAGCUGCGAGGCGGAGAAGUGCUCACUGCUGUGCGGACUCGUCUCACAACUGACUGAUGCAUCCUCGUCCAGCUCACUCCUCCGUGUGUUAUCGAUGUUGUUGGCCUGUCUGUACAUGGUGGCUCAUUGAGGAAAAGGGGAGGAGUCCCAACGGCUGUUGGUUGGUGGGCGGCAUCCGUGGUUCCCACGGUAACUGGCGACCAUGCCAGGAGGUCGCAGGGGCCCCAGCAGACAGCAGCUAAGUCGCUCUGCUCUGCCAUCCCUGCAGACUCUGGUUGGAGGGAACCUCGGCAAUGGUACAGGCCUCAGGAACAGGAGCAGUAACUCGGUGGGUCUGUCUGCCCCGCCUCUCUCGGCCCUCAUUACUCCAGAGCCGGUCCGCCACUCGAGGAUCCCUGAGCUGCCGUUGGACAGCAGCCUGCUGUUUGAGUUCCUGCUCUUUCUCUAUUUGCUGGUGGCCUUGUUUGUCCAAUACAUCAACAUCUACAGGACGGUCUGGUGGUACCCGUACAGUCACCCCGCUGCCUCUACCUCGCUUAACUUUCAUCUAAUGGACUACCACCUGGCUAUCUUCAUCACAGUCAUGUUGGCCAGGAGGCUUGUUUGGACUAUAGUUUCAGAGGUGUCUCAGAGCAGCGGGGGAUCACUGCUGCGCUAUGUGGUUCUCAUCGCAGCUCGGCUCUGCCUGCUGACCAUGUGUGGCUGGGUCCUCUGCUGGACGCUGGUCAACCUCUGCAAGAACCACUCUGUGCUCAACCUCCUCUUCCUGGGAUACCCUUUUGGUGUGUACGUCCCGCUCUGCUGUUUCCAUCAGGAGGGUGGGAAAAGCCAAACGGCGCCGGCUGACUGCGAUUACCCAGCAGACCACCAGCAGACCGACCUAACAGAGACCCCGUUCUUUCGACCACGUGACUUCCUCUUCCUGUUAAGAGAGAACCUCAGAGAGCAGUUUUCCAGUCCCCCGCACAUGCCCACUCACACCUGCCCACCACACACACACUCACACACACCGGAGUUGAUUCGAGCCGAGGUGGAGGAGCUGAAGAGCGACUUCAACCGUCGAAUCAAGGAAGUGCUGUUCAACUCGCUGUUCAGUGCUUACUAUGUAGCCUUCCUGCCUCUCUGCUUUGUCAAGAGCACCCAGUACUAUGACAUGCGUUGGUCAUGUGAGCAUCUGAUUAUGGUGUGGAUCAAUGCGUUCGUGAUGCUGAUGAGUCAGCUGCUGCCCCCCAGCUACUGCGACCUGCUUCAUCGCUCGGCGGCUCACCUGGGCCGCUGGCAGAAACUGGAGCACGGCUCGUACAGCAACGCGCCUCAGCAUGUGUGGUCAGAAAGCACGAUUUGGCCUCAGGGGGUGUUGGUACGACACAGUCGAUGUCUGUAUAAGGCAGUCGGACCCUAUAAUGUCGCUCUGCCCUCUGAUGUUUCCCAUGCAAGGUUUUAUUUCCUGUUUCACAAGCCAUUGCGGAUCCUGAACCUGCUGAUCUGGAUUGAGUCGAGUGUGGUUUUGUAUCAGUUAUACUCUCUGCUGCGCUCUGAGCGCUGGAACCACACUUUGUCUCUGGGCCUUAUUCUCUUCUGCAACUACUAUGUCCUUUUUAAACUGCUCCGAGACCGCAUUGUGUUGGGCAAAGCCUACUCCUACCCUCUGUCCUCCAACAGUUUGGGGCUCAAGUCGCAGUAAAGGCUCAGCACAGCGAGACCUCACCUACGAACUCUGGAUUUGGAGGGGAGAUGGGUGGAGGUCUGGUCAAGCGGAAGACUGGAGGGUUGUUUAGCACUCACGCUUGGAGGUUAAGGGACAGACUGUGAACUCAUAAUUGUGUUUUGAUACGGUUCUAUUUUUAAUGCAAUGUUUAUAUAUACCUAUUUAAAAGAAUAUUUUUAUUUUGUAUACUAUUUCGAGUUACGCCGGGCAUUACCACACUGACAACAUUAGCUUGUUGUGUUAUGUUGUUGCUAGGCGACAGGGAAGUCAGGGAAUGCCAGGAGGUGACUUUCACCAAAGAUAUUUUAAGUGCAGUUGGCCAAUCACAGAGCGGGCUUGGCCUCUGACAGUCAGUUAAACUAGAUGAGCAAUUCAGGGCAGUGGAAGGAGUCGUGCCUGAGAUCCUGAAUCCUGGAUUUUCUAUAAUCUGCUUCAACCUUAAGGCUCCCAAAUCUUAAAUCUGGAACCAGUUGCUGUUUUGGGGUAGCAGGAUGAUUUCAUCAUUUCAGCAUUGCUGCAGAAAUUAAUGCUGAUCUUUUGUCACUGCUCUUUAAGGAAUAGCUCAACAUUUUUGAAAAUACCUUUAUUUGCUUUCCGGUGGAGAAUGAGAAGAUCGAUACCGCUCUCAUGGCCGCAGGGUAAAUAUCAGUGUGAGCUAAGCAUAAAGACUGGAAAUUGGGAGAGAGCUAGACUGGCUCUGUCCAACGGUGACAAAAUCUGCCUGCCAGCACCGCUAAAGCUCAGCAGUUGCCAUUUUAUAUCUCCUUUUGUUUAACAAAGAUAAAGUGUAAAAAUUAUUCAACAUGUUCCCGGUUGUUAUUUGCUGUGAAGUUUUUCACUGACCAUGAAAUGGCCCAGCACAUAACCCAUCAUAAAACAGUAAAUUGUUGUUUUUACACCUUGGUUUUUGUAUAUAUUAACCAAACAAGAUAUAACGCUUUAAUUGGUAAGUUUUAGACAUGCUUGUAGGCAGAUUUUGUAACAGUUGGACAAUGCCUGACUAGCUGUUUCCCCGUUCCCC